AUGUCUGUCAGGAAGAAGAUGUUUGGCUUUCGGCAUGGAGAAGGGAGGAGCAAGGGAUCGGGCUCAGGGUCGAAGGGCUCAGGAUCAAAGGGCUCCAGGGGUACGGGAGGACGCAGGGGAUCUAGUGGCCAGUCCUCCUCGAGGAGCCAGGGGCCGCUCUUCAGCGGGUCUGUGCACAGGUCCCGACAGGAACAGCUUCAGCGGUGCUUUGAGGACCAACAUCAGGAGUACCAGCCGACCCCUGACUCGAACUCUGAGUUUGAAGAGUUAGAGGAGGAGCAGAUGGCAGCGGAGGUUGGUCAGAUGCAGAGUGAGAUGGAGGAGGAUGACUCGGAGGCAAAUGUGGACGCCGACGCUGAAGAUAACGAGGAGCAGGGUGGUGGCGGAGGGUCUUCCUCAUAG